AACUGAAACAAAUAUAACACAACUACAAUUACAAAGUAUAUUCUUUAAAUCUUACAUAUACACUGUACCUACAAUCUACAAUAAUCUAAUCAACAUAGCGUAGGACUUUAGCUGUGAGAAUAAGCAUAGCCGCACUCUAAACAUGUGGCUUAAACAACUUAUCAGAGUUAGACACUAAACUUCCUUCAUGUCACAAAAUACAACCACAGAACUACAGGUAAGUAUCAAAUAAACAAUAUACAUAUAGACGAUGCUCCAAAAGAUGAAGGAUUGAGGGCAGAUGCAUGUGGACUCAUGGCAGUCUCUUCUUCUUCUUCUGUAUAGGGUUUAUUGGCGGUUGGCAAACAGCAAAAUGGUGCAUUACUGCCACCUCAUGGCAGUCUCUUGGGCCAUGUGCAAACUUCACUAAGCCUUACUAAUUCCUGCUUCCUGUGAUCUCACCAGGUAUCAGAACUAUUAAAGGGACAGCUGCAACAACACUAUCAGCACAAGAGGGGCUCUGUGUACAAGUGACAUAAUGAGGGAAUGAGGAACAGGUUAAAAAACAAGUGGAGGCUCAGGAAAGGUAAAUCUAGAAGCAGGUGGGAGUGUCAGUGUCUGAAAUGACAGCAGAGUGCAUGAUGGGAACAUAAAAAGCAGACAGACUGAAUAAGGGAAGACAGAAAACCAAAAGCAUCACAGGUCUGUUUGCUUUGACAUUACAACAUCUAAACAGAGAAGUGUUUCACUCGCUCUGUUUCUGCUGAAAUCACACAUUGACUUUUACUUUGUCGUAUCUCCUCUGUGUCUGAUCAUUUGGUGAUGAGUUUUGUGACAGUCCAGUCUGUGAACAUCAUGACAAACAUGUUGUUUCUGAGUCUCCUCUUUAUUCCAAGUACUUUGGCAGCUUGUCCUGAUCCUGCAAACCUGUUGAUCACUGCACCAACAGAGAUGGAAGCUCUGAGUGGAUCUUGUUUACAAAUCUCAUGUAACUUUAGUGACUAUGGACUGACUGGGAGCAAUGCGUUUGACAGCACAAGACCUGUGUUUGGAGUGUGGAUUAAAAAUAAUCCUGACUUUGGCAGCUAUCCAAAAAAUGUGAUCUUCAACAGCAGUGGGACAGUUAACAUCUAUCCAAUGAAUAUUACAGGAAACCUGAAGGAGAAAAACUGCACCACUCUGUUUUCCAAUUUAACCACAAAUUAUACAAACACAUACUACUUCAGAAUUGUGAACUUGGUGUUCAAGGCAACAGCUUUUUGUGAUCCUCUUCAAAUAACAAUUCAAGAUUCUCCUUGGAGGCCCAAUAUUACAAUCCCAGGUGAUCUGAAGGAGAAGGAGUCUGUCACUAUAACCUGCUCAGCUCUCACUCCCUGUCCACACUCCCCUCCUCAACUCACCUGGAAUCUCACACAAGACUCUCACAACAAAAUAGAGGAAAACACAGAUGGAAGCUUUACAACUAAAAUCCAGCAGACCAUCACUCUGUCAGACACAGAUGAUGGAAAGAAGAUCAGCUGCUCUGCCAGAUAUCCUGUGAACCAAGGAAAAGACACCAAGACAGCAGAGACAGAAGAGACUCUCAGUGUUUCAUAUGCUCCUCAAGACACCUCAGCAUCCAUCAGUCCAUCAGGUUUGGUGUCAGCAGGCAGCUGGGUGAAGCUGACCUGCUCCAGCAGAGCCAAACCUCCAGUCAGCAGCUUCACCUGGUUCAAGAAGAGCAGAGAUGGAGCUGUGAAAGUAUCUGAAGGAGAGAUUUACAGCUUCAAUGUAACAGAUGGAGGAGUUUAUUACUGUGUGGCCACUAAUGAUCUGGGUAAUCAGACAUCAGCAGUGAUUCAGGUGACUGUUGCAGCUCUAAAAUCUUGCUGCAAUGCAGGUGAUCUGUUUGGUGUCUGCAUUGUAGUGAAGACUGUGGGAAUCACAAUGCUUGUGAGCACACUGGUCUUAUUUGAGUGCUGGUUUAAAUCAAGACAGUUCAAGAAACCAGAGACAGAAACCAUCUAUGUGAACAAAGCUGCGUCAUAAUCCAAACAAGUUUCUGCAACAGGAGGACAAGAAGUCUUGGAGAUUAGCAGUGUUAACAUCUGCACGCUGACAGAAACAUCUGUAUGGUAGUCAAAGUAAUGUUAAUGUUUGGAUUUGGACCGUACUGUUUAGGUUUACUUACAUGUUAGCCUUCAUCUUUGACUGGCCUAAACAUUUGCUGAUAGCUGAUAUAGAGUAAUUGCUAUCUGGAGCUUUUUCUAGAGUCUGCUCUCUACUAUUGCUGCACAACAGCCACACUGUACUUAUUGUGUUUUUGUACUGUUUGUAUGAUAUGAUGAAUAAUAAGGUUUCUGUGGCGGAUUUCCUUCACUGGUGAAGAACUGAAAAAAAUAAAAACAGAACAGUUUCUCUCAGCUCUGUGAGUACAGACAUGCUACCUUUUACAACAACAUUUCUUAAUCACAUGGUCGGUGAUUCUGUGUACUGAUUCUUUGUGUGUGCUAAUCUUUUAAGAUAUUACUUGUUCAGUAUAUACAUGAAAGUGUCCAUUCAUGUCACCCAUCAGUGGUUUGAUUGUUGUGUCUAGUAAUCCUAAACAAAUUUACUUUAAAACUAAUACAGGUCCUGCUGAAUUAACUGUCAUAAAUGAUUGUGUUCUUAUAAAAAUGCAAAAACUUUAUUUAGACAAAUGAGGAACAGAUUAGCUUGGUUACUUAUUUCAAUGUAUGCAUGAAAUUAUUUAAUCUUUUGAUUACAUAAGUGAUGAGUUUUGUGACAGUCUAAUCUGUGAACUUCAUAACAAAUAUGUUACUCAGUCUCCUCUUUAGUCCAAGGUAGCAUUUUAGUCAUUUAUAGUAUGACAGAUCAGUGAAGAUAACAGUUUUCUGUUGAAAUACAUUUAUUCAAAAAUUUGUAACAGAUUUUCACAAGGUUUCUCUUUAUGUAAAUUUAACCCAUGCGAAAUACGGGGCUAAUAAACUCCUUUUUGUCACUUAAA